GGCUUCAGGCCCUAGUGGUCACUUCUCCCACUAGGGCUGCAGUUUGUAGACAUUCAGGGGGCUUUCAAAAAAAAUCACCGGUGGAGGUUGGCGGGUUUUUAGACCCAGAAGAAAACCUCCCUGGAGUCUACCCUGCAUCUCCACACCUUUGGAGAGAUUGGGCUUGGGGUCCAGGCACCCAACAGCACCCCUGUCAGUCAUCUGUGCUCCCACCCCCAGCCCAGGCCUCUGGGAGGCUCUGAGGCAAACUGGGGGCCUGUGGGGUGGGGCUGAGAGACCUGCUGUAAGUGCCACCUCAGUGACCCAGGAGCUCUGCUGCUUCCUCAUCUGCGGAGACCAAGGAAGACGCAGGAACCCACCUUGCCGGCGCACCUUUCUCGACACAAAAUGACCUCGAACACUGAGUCUCUGUUACCAUAUUACACAGCCCAGAGCGGCUCUGGCGUCGGCAUGUUCAACACCACCAUGGGGAAACUACAACGGCAACUAUACAAAGGAGAGUAUGAUAUUUUCAAGUACGCACCAAUAUUCGAGAGUGACUUCAUCCAGAUCACCAAACGGGGAGAAGUGAUUGACGUGCACAACCGUGUCCGAAUGGUGACCGUAGGCAUCGCGUGCACCAGCCCCAUCCUCCCGCUCCCUGAUGUCAUGUUACUGGCCCGACCAGCCCCGGGCUAUGAAGACUUUCCUGGACGCAGCCAGACCACCAAGAGCAAAAACCGCAAGUCUGCAAAGACCUUGGAGCUCACUAGGCUCCUUCCUUUGAAGUUCGUAAGGAUCUCUGUUCACAACCACGAGAAACAACAGCUGCGCCUCAAGUUCGCUACUGGCCGUUCUUGCUACCUGCAGCUGUGUCCUCCUCUUGAGGGCCGGGACGACCUCUUCACCUACUGGGAAAAAUUGAUCUACCUCCUGAGACCACCUGUGGACAGCAACAGCAGCACCUACGCCAUCCCAGCAGAGGACAUAGUGUGCAUGCCUCUGUUGGAUGAGGAAGACAAGUCGAAUCCGACAGUGGCAGAUCCCCAAGGAAAAGGAGAACCAGACCAGGUCAGCAUCAGAAGCCUCCCUAUGGUCACAGACAUUACUGGGAUCAGCUCAGAUGCUUUUGCCGGUGGUGAGGGAACCUAUCAUGACUCUCCAAAACCCACCGCCGUUCCCGGUGUAUCCACAUCCAAAACAAAAUCAAAAGACCUUGCCAAAGAGUCAUCGACAGGGAUAACAGCAGUCGCAGUGGGUGACCUAGCGGGUGCUUUGAGCUUGGCAGCAACCAGGCCUGUAGGCUCUGGACAGAUCAAUGCAGCCAUAGCAGGGGGCGGGUCCAUGGGUACAAGAGGAAGCAAAAGCCGUUUGUCCAUUGCAAGUGCUGGCAAGAUGUCACCGAAAGGCAUGAAGGUUGCCUUGGCAGGGGCGACCAGCAAGUCCCUGGAGUAUAUUUCCAGUACAUCCCCCAGCCUCUCCCGAAAAGAAAGCUUGACUAUGGCAAUUGCAAGAAUAGAACCUACUAGCAAGUCUGAUAGAGAAACAGCCACUGAUCCAGUAACUCUUGCCUUGAUGUUGCCGAGUGAAAGACGCACAACUGGACAGACUAGACAGCAGAAAGCCCCUGAGGCCAACACCGACGUCAGUAAGGAAAGGAGCGAAAGGAGGGAGCGGAGAGCAAAGGACAGGGCUGGCAGCAGGAGUUCCCAUCACUCCAGGACAGGAGAAGGUCGCCACAAGACCGCUGGGGACAAGGCGGUUCGGAAAACAUCCAGCCACAGAUCGACUCUGGAUGAGAAGAAGGAGAAAGGGAACCCCAGGGGAAGCAAGCGCAACAGGUCACACAAGGGGGUCAGCCAUAUCCCCAUCAUGAAGGAGUCCCGGAGCUCCCACAAAUCAGGCAGGACCCUCUCCUCCACCAGCUCGGCCACUACGAGUAAGAGGCCUGGCAGAAUUGGCUUGUUUCUGAAGAACAUCAGAGCCAACCUGGCUGCCAAAGGCCUGGCGUCACAGCGUGGCCAAGAAGUGGACAUCGUGUCCAAGAUGGAGACAACCAACGUGGAGGCCAUCAUAGAGACUGAGAGUGGCCGGGGCCUGGACAUCAUUGGUUCUGUGACAUCCGAGGUCAUGGAGACAGUGACCUUCGAGGCUUCUUAAAGUACAACUGAGAGCCCCAAACUGCAAAGGGC